UUGUUGCUGGGAAGGCUCUGUCAGCCAUUUUCUGUUGUUUCCCAGCGAAAGGCCAAUUUCUUCCCAUCAUCGUUAUUAUUAUUAUUAUUAUUUCUUCAAACCCUCCCCCCCUAAAGAGGCUCGGGCGGAGGUGAGACCCAGAGGCGGCUGCAAGACAAGCUUCUAGGAUCGAUCGCUCGGAAGGAGGAUGGCUCGUACCAAGCAGACUGCCCGCAAGUCCACCGGUGGGAAGGCGCCGAGGAAGCAGCUGGCGACGAAAGCCGCGCGGAAGAGUGCCCCUUCGACCGGCGGCGUGAAGAAGCCCCAUCGUUACCGCCCGGGAACAGUGGCUCUCCGAGAAAUCAGACGCUAUCAGAAGUCCACCGAGCUGCUGAUCCGCAAGCUGCCCUUCCAGCGCCUCGUUCGUGAAAUCGCUCAGGACUUCAAGACUGACCUGCGCUUUCAAAGUGCUGCCAUCGGUGCCUUGCAGGAAGCGAGUGAAGCCUAUUUGGUGGGACUGUUUGAAGACACCAACCUGUGUGCUAUUCAUGCCAAGCGCGUGACCAUCAUGCCAAAGGAUAUACAGCUUGCUCGUCGCAUCCGCGGGGAGCGCGCUUAAUCCUAUCGCCAUUGGGGGCGAGGGAGAGCAGGAGGGGAUGGAUGGGGGGGGGGGGGGG